AGUCCUGUCAUAAACGCGAGUGAAGUUGGUUGCGUUAAAUAUUAUCUUAUUAGUCUGUGGUUAUGGGAUUCACCGCUAAGUGUUCACAAAAAAUGUUUUUAUUUCAAAUCAGUAGAUAAGGUGAAAUAAAAAAUUACCUAACAUUCAACAGUUGAUAUCCAGCUACCGCCGUGAAAGUGCGAUAUAAUAGUUAAUACGGUAUAAACUGUGAAUUAGGUUACAUUGCAAUUGAAUCAGUGCGUAUGUAAAGCGAAAUAGUUAUAAAAUAAAAGAUGAAUCCUGAUACAGAAGGCGAGACCAAACUGUGUGAGAAUUGUAAGCGGGAGAUCCCGACGGUAAACUUCACGAUCCACAGCGUGCACUGCGCGCGCAACAUCCGAGUAUGUCCCGUCUGCAAGGAGGCUGUGCUCUAUGCCGAACUCAAGGAACACCAUGAUAAGAUGCAUAAACUACAACCGUGUAAGAAAUGCGGCGAGAGUGUCUGCGGCACCGACCUGGAGGAUCACAUCCGCGACUCCUGCGCGCAUACCAUCAAAACAUGCAGGUUCUGUGAGCUAGAGCUGCCCCGCCGCGACCUGCCGGCGCACGAGAGCUACUGCGGAGUGCGCACGGAGCAGUGCCCCGACUGCAAGGAGUGGGUCAUGAUCAAGUACCGCCAGCUGCAUUUAGACUCCAACCACGGAUUCAUCCGACUGGACGAUGAUCCGUCUCCAGUAUCACCAAAGAAAGAGCUACCAAAGAGCCCCGCGCGGCCGGCCGUCCCGAAGCUGGUGCGGGCCAACAUUGCCACCGCCACGCCGUCCACCAGCAACGGCUGCGCUCGUCCGUUCACCGACAGCUACAGACCCAACGGGUUGAAGAACAUUAACCUGACUCGAACUGAGACCAGACAAUUCAGCACUAAUGGUGCAAGACCAGGUCCGUCACCAUCGCCGACUGCGAGUACCUCCAGCAAUUGGAGAGGAAACACCUCCCCGACCAACGGCGCCAAGGUAGCUGCCAAGCGGACCAAUGACAAACCACAGAUUAACACAAAUGUUGAAGAAACGAAUAAAGUUGAUAAAGAUUUGGGCGUGUCUCGCGGCGCGGUGAAGAAGCGGCCGGCGCCGAAGCCCCCGUGCCGGCGCGCGGCCGAGCUGCCGCCGUCCGCCAUCCGCGACCUGCCCUACUACAGCGCCAUGCAGCGCCAGCAGGACGAGGAGAGGCAGCGCCAGGACCAGACUGCUUAUAACUUGAGUGUCGGUCUUCCUCCCGUCUUAAGCCCGGCAGCAAAACUGGACAGAUUACGCAAGAUGGACAUGCUCCAAAACCCAGAGGAACAUCUGGAAAGGAACCGUCAGGGUCGAGUUGUGAGGAAUUCAGAAAACGACGGCGCAAGCUCAGGGGCGAGCGAGGAACCGAGGCGGCGGAACGACUUCAGGAACCUGACUCCUAUGACUCCUCAGGAGUUUAUGGAGAGGUUCAGUGAGAUGCAGCUGAGGAAGGAUGAGGAGACGCGACGGAACAGCGCCGCGGGAGACGGCAGGAAGAACGGGGAUCGGUUCAGUGAGAUCAAGUCGUCUUUGAGGGAGCUGCGCAGGGGAUUGAAUGAGGUGACCGCUCCGUACCAUUCGAACCCGAAUAUCAGCGUCAACGCGAACAACAACAACAAUAACAAUGGCAACGGGCGCGCGUCCCCCGCGGGCGACGACGUGCGCCUGCCGUGCGAGUUCUGCGCCUGUCUCAUACCCGCGCACAACCUGGUGCAGCACCAGACUGGCUGCCGACCUGACCUGGCACAGUUGCGGCCUCGCAGCCCUUCCCCAGUGGGGGCGGUGGCUCUGGAGCCUUCACAGGAGCCCUACGAAGAACCCGUCAUCCCCUGCGAAUUCUGCUACGAGUCCCUGCCGGUCUACCUCAUCAGCGAACAUCAGGAACGCUGCGGCAGGGAGGCCAAUUUACUGUACCCCGACUGAACUAGUCUUCCUAAGUAUUUACCAAUUUUAUAUUGUAGCUAUACUUACUCAUUUAGUUCGUUCUUAGGACAGUUUUAUUAAAUUGUCCACUCGUUUUCCCUCACUAUAUAUCGUAUGUUUUGUCAACAUCUAAAAUCUAAUUUUAUGUGGUCUUUGUAUGAGAAAAUCCAGUUAGUUUCACUAGUCAGAAUAAAUAAUACUCCGAAUUGAUUUCGAGAGAAAAACUAUGUUAAAAUACAAAAAUGUAUAAUAGUACUUGCGCAAACUGUUAAACUUGUUGCGCAAAACAAUACAAGCUGGGUUCUCUCAUGUAUUGACGAUAUUUGAUCUCUGUAACCAUUCAAUGUGAAACGAAUUGAGGUAAUUAGAGUAGGACAAUAGGAACAAAGUAAUUGGACGUCCCAAUGCAUGUGUAUGCGAAUAGAGAGACUUGUUGGAAGUGACUUAUAAUGUGUAAAGCUCUAAGAAUGAGGAUAGGUAUACGACCAGUGGAUCUAAACGUCUAAAAUAUUUUAUUAUAUCUUUCGUGAGACAUACUAAAUUAAUUAUUAUGUUAUUGGCUUACUCACGAAACUGUUUGACGAGGAACUCGACUAGUUUCAAGCCUGUAGAGGCUCAUAUUCAUUAGCAGCAUUCCGCGACACACGACGCAAACAGUUAUGUGAGUAAGCCGUUAACAUAAUAAUUAGUCUAAAUUAUUAGUAUUGCUAUGCCGGGCAUAAAUAUGAAAUAAAAAGAAAAGUGCAACUUUAAAACGAUUUAAUUUCUAUUGAGCUUAAUUUAAAACAAUAUUAUAAUAUUAAACAUUUGACAUUUGAAGUAGAUACAAUCGCAUUUCACUUGCUUUUAAGUUUAAUGUCGUCGGAUUAUUGCAAUCAAUUCGCGUCGAAAUUAUUAACAGCAAAUAAUCAAAAAAUAUACCAGAUAGAAAUAGUGAGCUUUUGCAUUUUGUAGAAUGUGUCAAAAUAAAU